AUGCACAAGAUAUCCAACUUCACGGGCCAGGCCCGUCAUGGUUGGGAACGAAUGACGCCGACUUUCGGGAUGUCCAGACCUCACACCGACAUGGCCUUUCGCCGGCCACACGGUGCUCCGCCUAUGACUCCUCCGACGAGUAUCGAUCCCACCGUCAACCUAUCGUUCAACGUCCCAUUCUCCUCCACCUUGGCCGGUCCCGAUGUCGAGGACGUGCUCCACGCCAGUCCCGGUGCUCUGCAGCGCUGGACCUUCCCCGAAGGCACCACAGAGGGCACGCCCGUGCACCAGCUGCCGGUACACACCAGCAACGUCGACGGCUUGCACAUGUUAUGCCGACAGAUUACGGAAACCAGUGGUGGCCGGAUCGAGGCCUCGUUCACAUCCUCAGAGCCCAAGGCCUCACCGUCGCUACAACGGCGGCCCAACGGCUUGGUGACCAACGUCUGUGUCACUGGUGAUGGAGAGACGGUGCGGAAGAUGCGGGCCAAGAUUUUGAAUGAGACCCCCAUCAUGCUGCGAUGCGCGACCGUGGACGUGGAUAUGCAUUUGAUCAUGGAUGGAUCCCCGAAGGGCAUUCGGGCCAGUGUGCUCGAGCACAUGGACACCUUGGCCGCUUACACCGGCACCGACAUAUUUCUGCUGACACCCAAACUUCACGAUGCGGACAGUGCGGUGGUUUCAUCUUAUGGGUAUGCGUCUGAUAGCGGCCUGGAGCAGCGUUUCCGAGUUGCCAUCUAUGGUGACAUGGAGAGCUCCGAGCACGCUAAGACCCGGGUUCUGAUCAUGAUCGAUCAAAUUCUGAAACGCCAUGUUGACGCCAUCAAGCUCGAGCUGACCAUGCACACCUUGGUCUGUGGCCGCACCCGCAAGAACAUCAAGCUCAUCGAAGCUGCGACUGGCACUGCUAUCUACUUCCCCCGCCUGUACAUCACGGGCGAGUCUCCGGAGCAGAUUGCUCGGGCCAAGCAAAAGCUUCGAGAGCUGGUGAUGGGAGUCAAGAUCUAUGUCAAGGACGUUGUGGUCAACUCGAGCAAGAUCGACAACAUCUUGCUCGACCGGCUGGACAAGGUUCGCAAGGUUAUGGAGAUGAACGGCUCCUAUGUUCUCUUCCCGCAACUGGGCAGCCAGCGCGGUCUUGUUCGGAUUCAAGGCACCGAGGUCCUGCAUGUCGAGCGUACUGUUCGGGAGAUCAUGGCUCUGGCCGGACAAUUCUAUAGCGCCUCAUGGUGGAUCAUCAUGCCCGAUCCCGCCCAGGGCGGUGUUCGUGCCCCCUCCACUGCCGAUGUUCGAUCGAUGCUCUCGGAUAUUUGUACCAACUCGGAAGCCGAAGUCAGCUUCGACAACCUGACGUUCACCAUCAACGGAUCCGACGAUGCCGUCAAGGCUGCCAUGACCGUUGUCAACCAGAUCCCCUUCGUCACUCGAAGCCAAUACCAAAUGCGCGUCAAGAUUGAGCUGGCCAAUGAGCACAAGGAGUUUGUCAGUGGCAAAAAGAACGGCAAGAUCAACAAGAUCAUGGGCCAGAGCAACGUACAGAUUAUCUUUGACGGCUUUAACGAAUAUAACUUCUAUAUCGACGUGUGCGGCAACCAAUACGAGUCUACCAAGAACGGUCUGGAUUUGGUCGAACAGGAAAUGCCCGCUUCCAUCUCGUUCCAUGUCCCUGACCAGUACCACAAGCGAAUCAUCGGCAUCGGUGGGCAGCAUAUCCAGCGGAUUAUGAAGAAAUACUCGGUCUUUGUCAAGUUUUCCAACGCAAUGGACCGGGGUGGCAUGGGCAAGGAAGAUGACGACAUCAAGGUUGACAAUGUGAUCUGUCGGACUCCUGCUCGCAAUGCCCAGAGCCUGGACCUUGUCAAGCAGGAGAUCAUGGAUAUGGUCGAGAAGGUUGACGCCGAGUAUGUUUCGGAGAGAGUUGUCAUCAACCGCCUGUACCACCGCGAGCUGUUGGCCCGCAUUACUGAGAUUGACGAGUUGGAGAAGAAGUGGAAUUGCAAGAUUGAGUUCCCCAGUACCGAGCUAGCCAGUGAUGUUGUGACCAUCUCCGGCCCCGAGUACCAGGUCCCUCAAGCUGUCGAUGCUCUGCUGGGCAUGGUUCCGGAGAGCCAUGAGCUUCACUUCCAGAGCUCCGUGGAGCUACGGGGUUACUUCAAGUCGCCAGACUUCAUGGCGGACGUUCGGACCAAGCUUAAGGAGCAGUACGAGGUUGAUAUCAAUGUGGACACCACUGCCGAUCUUGCAGUUAAGGAGGAGGGCUCUGGUUCCGGCUCCGGCUCCGGCUCAUCCUCGCCUACCCCUUCGCCGGAGGACCGUGUGGUUCUCGGCUACACCCGCAACAAUGCUGGUGGUCUGAAGGAUGCCAUCGACUUCCUCAUUUCCCGUCUUGUUGCUCACGGUCUCAACGCGAACACCGUCAAGGGUGCGAUUCCUCGCCCCAAGUCGGACUCCUUCGAGGAGUCGCUGCCUUUCUUCGACUCCAAGCUGUUGCAGCAUGCCCCGGCCCCGCUCAUGACAGACUCACCCACGCGACCUAGCUUCGCCGACGAGACCAGCGAGCGCGGCUCGAUCUUCGAGCGUCUCCGCAAGCCCGGAAGCAUCUCGUCUUUCUCUUCGUUCAUCGGUCGGAAGAACCACUCGGCUUCGCCAGGUUCGUUCUUCAAGCACGCCUCGAGCAAUGCCUCGAAGGCAUCGCUGGUCUCGAUGGAAUCGCGGGACAGCGGCUACCGCAACCCGUGGAAUGACUCCGGGGUGAACCUCCCCGAAGACGACCUUCCGGUCCUGGGAAGCUCGCACAGUCACAAGAGCAGCAACAGCAAUGGCUGGCCCGCACGCUUCGACACCAAGUUUCCCUUCGGCACGGCGCCUGGCGACAUGACGCCCAAGCAUGACCCACGCGCCUCUUUUGACAGCGGUCGCCCUAGCACUUCAAAUUCUACUUCUGGAUACCCGGCCCCGAUUGGGCCACCGCGUUAA